UGACUAAGUUUCCAUCGCUAGAAAAAUUCGCUGUGGAACUUGCAAAAAAAUACGUAUUGAUGAAAAAAUGGAACUAGCCAGGAAAUUGCGAGAAAGCGGCUGGCACCUAACGGACGAGGGCAUCAAGACUCUGACCGCCGCUGUCGGGGGUGAGGACACACGCAAAAUUAUUGAUGAGGCACUGAACCGCGAUAUCCGCGAUAUUGGCGGUGGAGCUCUGCCAGUUAAGCGCGAGGAUGCCCCUAUCUCCGGCCGCAUUGUCCUGCAGGUUCAGCGGGUUCGCAAUAUCGCGGCCCCCAAAUCCAACGAAGAAUCAAAGGCGGCGCCACGCCUCUUGCAACUGGACUUGAGCGAUGGCCAGAAUAGCAUACAGGGCCUGGAGUUGGAGUCGGUGCCGGCGCUCAAUCUGAACGUGGCCCCAGGCUCAAAGAUCUACUUCAAGGCGGAGAAGCUGCAACUAAUGCAGGGAUUCCUGCUUCUGCGCCCAAACGAGCUGCAACUGCUGGGCGGUCGCGUUGAUGCAAUGUACGAGAAGUGGGAUCUGGCCCGCACCAUGCUCAAAUAUGCCCGCAGCGGGCGCCCGUUGAACGGGACGUCUGUGCCGCCCCCCUGGGUGGCCUUUGGCAAGAAAUUCGACUCGACGGCCGACCGCAACUUCAGGAGCCACGCCUUGGCCGACAAGGAUAAGCCGGCCAGAGAGAACGACGAGUUUAAUGCCAUGCGCAACGAGGCCAUUGCCGUGGCCACCAAAGCCGGUGGCAAGAAGGUUUUUGGUGGAGGCGGCCAGAACAUCGUGGACCACAAUAUCAAGAAGAUUCUUGACAAGGGGUUCUCCGAGGAGGAGGCCAGAAACGCUCUGCACGUCACCCGCAACAAUCUGGAGCGGGCUCUGUUCAACCUCAAGCGCCGCAAAGAAUCCGGCGGCGGGCCCAUCGAAAUGGAUGUGCGGCCGGGCCGCAGUGAUAGGCACGGCAGAGAGGGCAAACGAGGUGCCAGCAGCAAGGAUGAAGCCGAGGCACCCAAGCCAGCAGCCAAUGCCACACUCUUCGAUUUUCUCACCACCAAACUGCCCGCAACGGAGGCAGGAACAAGCGUCACCGCCACUGCCACCGAAUCCGCCUCCGCUGUCGCAUCCACUGCCAACAGUUCAGUAUUUAAGCAAUAUGGCCCUCGAUUUGGGGAAUCUUCAUCGGCUAACAAAUUUUCAGAUCGUUCUCGCUUCGAGAACAAUGUCUCGAGCAGCUUUGCCGCCAAUCGUGGCGGUUACUCUGGCCCAGGGCGUGGCGGAGCCCGUAAUCGAGGCGGUGGUCGAGAUGAACGUCCGCCCAGAGAAGAGCGGCCACCACGAGAUGAGCGUCCACGUCGGGAGGAGCGCCCUCCUAGAGACGAGCGUCCACCGCGGGAUCGUGGAGGUGCAUUCAAUGAGCGCGGCAGUGCGCGCAACAAGCCAGAAUCGGCUCCAAUCAAAAAUUCCAAUCGCAAUGGCCCAGAAAAUCCGCCAAUUAAAAGCAAUUCAGAGUUCAAAACUGAGCACGAGGCUUCGAUUUCGAAUGCCAAGGACCAAUCGGCCAACAGACGCGGUAGCGAGCGUCGCGGAGGAGGAGGAGGCGGCGGCGGCUCAGUCCGUGUUGAGAAUGGCACUGGCAACAGACGCCGGCCGCAGCAGGCAAGCAGUUCGGGAGUUGGAGCCGGAACCGGAGCCGGAGCAGCCAAGCCAGACCCUAAGCAGCAGAACAAUUCGGGCGAUGACUUCAAUGCGCGCCUGAACAAAGUCACCGAGGAUACUGCAAAUCUUAAAGUGAGUGCCCCCAAGCGAGAGAGUCAACCGCGCCGUCAGCGAGGCCAGGGGCAGUCAAACCGCCAGUCAACGGAGCCUCCACAGACAGCACAGUCUUCACAGCCCUCGCAGAAGUCGGAAAAGGCACCGCAGACUCAGAGACAGCAGCAUCAGAACCAUCAACCCCAUUAUAAUCCAUUCAAGCAAUCAAUUGCCAACUACAGUCAAUUGCCCAACGGCUACACAUAUGAUCCCAGCAAGAUAAUGGGUUUCCAGAGCAAGGAGACGAACGAAUUCGCAAUGAGCCUGCUAAAGAGUCAGGGCACAGGAGCUACGGCUGUUUCAGCUGCUCCGGCUGCUUCGGCUUCUUCAGCUGGAGCAGCGGGGUCGAAGACAGUCAAAGAUGUUCUGCAAGGGGCCAGUCAGCCGUCUCCACCGUCGCUCUAUGCCGGCAUCAAUCCUCAGCCAAGGGCAGUGACUCCUGCAGCGGCAGCCCAGCAGUUUGGAAUGUUGCCCGGUGAUGGGUGGAUGUGGCAGAAGGGCGAUUUGUGCAUGGCCAAGUACUGGGAUGAUGGACGCUAUUAUGAGGCUGAGAUAACGGGUGUCACGGAGAAAACUUGUGUGGUCUUCUUUAUGGGCUAUGGAAACCACGAGGAGGUCCUCAACGGUGACAUUCUCCCCAUCACUGAUGCCCAGAACAGGCCCCUGAGCAAUGUGCAGCAUUGUGCACCGCCGCCGCCACUGCAGCAGCAGCACUCGCGCUACCGCAGCGAUCGCCAGGCCCAGCAACAACAGGUAUAUGUGCCGCCGCACAAAAGAGAGCAUUGAGACAGCCUUUGUAUACACUUAUAAAUCCAUUAAAAUUUUUCGAAUAAACAACUUUACAGUGUA